UGAUCCUCUGAGGUUUGUUGCUAAUGCUAAUGGCCCGGAAUGGUAAAGCAGCACUCGGAAGAUGGCCGGGGUGUUUGAGGUGGAGGUUGAUGGUGUAGAGCACGACCAUGGACUGCAGCAUCACGAUGAACCGCACCAGUUGGAUUUGUCCAAGCUUUCACCAGAAGAGAAGUGGAGGGUGGAGCAUGCAAGAAUGCAUGCCAAACACGAAGGUCAUGCGGCCAUGCACGCGGAGAUGGUGCUCAUCCUCAUAGUCACCCUUGUCGUCGCCCAGCUAGUCCUCGUGCAGUGGAAACAGAGACAUCCAAAGUCAUACAAUCUGGUGACUCUGUUCCAGAUGUGGGUAGUUCCUCUCUACUUUACUACCAAACUUCACUGGUGGAGGUUCCUGAGCACGUGGUUUAUCUUCUCCGUCAUCACAGCGUACAUCUCCUACCGUGCCACUCGCAAGCCGCUGGCCUGCACCACACCGAGGUUGGUGUACAAGUGGUUCCUCCUUCUCUACAAGAUCAGCUAUGCCACAGGAAUAGUUGGCUACAGUGUCGUCAUGUUUACACUUUUUGGUAUAAACCUUAUAUUCAGGAUAAAGCCAGAGGAUGCUAUGGACUUUGGCGUUUCACUACUAUUCUACGGUCUGUACUACGGGGUUCUAGGAAGGGAUUUUGCAGAGAUGUGUGCCGACUUCAUGGCUUCAACUGUUGGGUAUUACAGUGCAUCCGGCAUGCCAACAAAGCACCUCUCUGACAAUAUCUGUGCAGUGUGCGGUCAGGGCAUCCUUGUAGAUGUCAGCGAGGAGGGGAUUAUUGAGAACACGUACAGAUUAUCCUGCAACCAUGUGUUCCAUGAGUUCUGCAUAAGAGGGUGGUGUAUCGUCGGAAAGAAGCAGAUGUGCCCGUACUGCAAAGAGAAGGUGGAUCUGAAGAGGAUGUUCAGUAACCCCUGGGAGAGGCCACAUGUCAUGUAUGGACAACUUUUAGACUGGCUUCGGUACUUGGUGGCCUGGCAGCCUGUCAUCAUUGGAUUUGUGCAAGGCAUUAACUUCGUCCUGGGUCUGGAGUGACCUGCAACUGUCAGAAAUGGACAUAACACGCCAUAAGGAGAUAUGCACUGGCUCAAAAGACUGAGGGCUAAUAUUGAACUAAAAUCCCAAUAAAACGUGUCUAUACUUUUUUUUGUAUAUAUUUAUAGGCACAUAUUGUCUGUAUUUACAGUUCAUUUGAGUUUUAUUGAUAAUCUGAAUUUGGAUGUCUGUCAGUUUCCCAGGAUUUCCUUCACGCAGCAUUACACCUUGAUAAUUGGUUUGGGCAUCUUAUGGCCUAGUAAAGCGGUUCUAAAAAUCAUUAGAGGGGUGCUUUUUACUAAUUUAUGUCUUAAGUGUUUGUUAAUUCUUAGUAAAAGGGUCAUGCUGGAGUUUUUCAUCCUCACGUCUGAUGGCUGUCACACAUGAGUAAUAAAGAUUGAAUGGAAAUGAAUACAAUUGCUCCCUGUGCCUCCAAAGUACACGUCCACAUUUAUGUAAUCACUCCUAUAGCUGUUUGACUUUGAGUCCAUACUUUGAACUUCAGAGACAUGAGUGAGAGUUUCCUAAGCGCAGCCAGUCAUGCGUCAUGACGGGAGGCGUUGUCAUCGUGGGAAAAAAGUGUGCGUCGCACUUAAACAGAAGAUUCCUCAAACAGUAGUUGAUAAAAAUGAAACGGGAUGUUACAGGAUUUCAAAAUCUCUUAACUGUAUUUAUGGACACUCAUCCAUACCAACGGGAAGAACAUAUAGUCAUAAUUACUUUGGCCUUUAAACCUUGUAGAAUAUCACACUUCACAGAGUUUGUAUGAUUUGAAGUGGAGAAAUGUCUACCAAACAAGGUUUUCUGUUUUUACUCUCAUAACUAAAUAAUAAAUAAAGUUUUGUAUUUAAA